UGUGCCUUCAGACUUGCCGUACUGCGGCUCUCUCUCGCCCACGGUGCUGCGUUUGUUGCGGUGAAACUCAACUUUCCCCGCAUCCAUGAGAGGCGCGAACAUGUCCGCAAAGGGAGGCGGAACGAGGGGCUUCUACUUCAACACGGUUCUCUCUCUGGCUCGUUCUCUAGCAGCUCACAGACCUGCGCCCGUCGAUAAGGUACAGAAGCUGCUAUGUAUGUGCCCAUUGGACACUCGGGGUGUGUUCACUCUGGACAUCAGGCGCAGGGAUGCUGUCAUCGCACUGGCUGUGUUCCUGGUGGAAUCAGAUUUACAGCACAAAGACAUGGUGGUGAGUUACCUGUUGAGUCUGCUGAAGGGGCUGCCCAGGGUGCAGUGGGUAGAGGAGGCGACUUGCAGGAAGAGCAAAGAAAGUCUUCCAAUGGCGGAGAACUUCAGCUUCUGCCUGGUGACUCUGCUGUCUGAUGUGGCACAGAGAGACCCAGAGUCACGCACUCAGAUUCUGGAGGCCAUAAUGGAAGUGAUGCAGUCUCUGUUAGAGAUCUGUCAGGCACCAGAAAACCAUGAUAAAGUUUACCUGUGUAAGUACUUGGUGCCCUGUCUACUGGGUGUGACAAGGGCAUUUGGACGCUAUGGUAACAUGAACGAGCCAUUACUGUCCCAGCUCUUCCCCCGUGUGUCGUGCCAGCCUGCUCAGCGCGUUACCGUGGAAACGGAGGGCAUCCGCAGGCGCUCCUUUAAUGACUUUCGUUCCAUAAUGCCAAGCUCCUUGCUUUCAGUGUGCCAAGGAGACACACUAAGACGCAAGGCUGGCACUGCCAGUGCUGACACACAGGUGAGCCCGGAGAGAGGUGGGCCUUCACCUUGCUCUCCCACUGCACCAGGCCCUCAGUACUUUGAAGGUUCAUAUCUCCCAGAUGGCAGUGCAGUGGACCCUGAUUACUACUUCACGACUGUCAGCUCCAGCUUCUCUCUCUCUCCUCUCUUCACUGGUGGUGGUGGACAAGAGAUGAGCGUGCCUUUGGAGCUACUCAAACGCCUCUUAAACAUGGUUAAACUCUUUGUCUCAGAUUCAUUUCUGAAGACUCUGGAUGCCACCAUAGUGGAAGUAACUGAGGCUAAUCCAGGCAUAGAUCUCUUCUACAAAAGCUUCAGCGACCCUCUGUAUGUCAGCAUGUUUAAGAUGCUCAGGGAUACACUCUAUUAUGUGAAAGAUGCACAGUCAGGGUUUGUAAAGGAGGUCCAUGACUUUGUACUGGAGCAGUUCAGCAGCAGCCAAUCGGAGCUACAGAGGGUGCUUCAUGAAGCAGAGAGGUUGCCAGGGGAACCUAGUCCCUUGAAGCUACGUUGCCACGCCAACGCUGCCUGUGUGGACCUCAUGGUGUGGGCCGUCAAAGAUGAGCAAGGAGCUGAGAAUCUGUGCACAAAGCUGUCUGAGAAACUGCAAUCCAAAACCUCCAGCAAAGUGAUAAUCGCACACAUGCCUCUCCUCAUCUGCUGCCUCCAGGGACUAGGUCGACUGUGUGAGCGAUUCCCCGUCAUAGCCCACUCUGCCACAGUGUCUCUGAAGGACUUCCUGGUGGUGCCCUCGCCUGUACUGAUCAAACUCUACAAGUACCACAGUCAGUACAGCACAGGGGGAGGAGAGAUCAAGAUCAGUGUGACCAAUGAGCACUCCCAGUCCACUUUCAAUGUUCUGUCUAAUAGGAAGGACCAGCCCUCUAUGUAUGAGCAGCUGAGAGAUAUUUCCAUUGACAACAUCUGCAGAUGUCUGAAGGCUGGUCUUAGCAUGGAUCCUGUCAUAGUGGAGGCAUUCCUAGCCAGUCUGUCUAAUCGAUUAUACAUCUCUCAGGAAAAUGACAAGGAUGCCCAUUUAAUUCCAGACCACACUAUUCGAGCUCUAGGCCACAUUGCUGUGGCGAUGAGAGACAGUCCAAAGGUGAUGGAGCCCAUCCUGCAGAUCCUACAGCAGAAAUUCUGUCAGCCACCAUCACAACUUGAUGUGCUUAUUAUAGACCAACUGGGUUGCAUGGUCAUCACAGGCAAUCAAUAUAUCUACCAGGAGGUGUGGAACCUGUUUCAGCAGAUCAGUGUGAAAGCCAGCAAUGUGGUAUACUCUGCCACCAAAGACUACAGAGACCAUGGAUACAGGCACUGCUCUUUAGCAGUCAUCAAUGCUCUAGCGAAUAUCGCUGCUAACCUACAGGGGGAGCCGCUGAUAGAUGAGCUCCUGGUUAACCUACUGGAGCUCUUUGUCCAGCUUGGACUGGAGGGCAAGAGAGCCAGUGAGCGUGCAAGUGACAAAGGACCUGCCCUCAAGGCAUCUAGCAGUGCAGGAAACCUUGGUGUUCUCAUCCCAGUGAUUGCAGUGUUGACCCGUCGGUUGCCCCCCAUUAAAGAAGCUAAGCCUCGUUUGCAGAAGCUCUUCAGAGAUUUUUGGCUUUACUCUGUGGUUAUGGGCUUUGCUGUUGAAGGUUCUGGACUCUGGCCAGAGGAGUGGUAUGAGGGAGUGUGUGAGAUUGCCACCAAGUCUCCUCUGCUCACAUUUCCCAGUGGAGAGCCAUUACGCUCUGAGCUUCAGUACAACUCAGCUCUGAAGAAUGACACUGUUACACAGGCGGAGCUAAAUGAUCUACGAAGCACUAUCAUUAACCUUUUGGAUCCCGCCCCAGAGGCAGCGGCCCUCAUUAACAAACUGGACUUUGCCAUGUGCACUUACCUUCUGUCAGUCUACAGACUGGAAUACAUGAGGAUGCUGCAUUCAAAUGAUGCUGACCGGUUUCAGGUGAUGUUCAGAUACUUUGAAGACAAAGCCAUACAAAAGGACAAAUCAGGAAUGAUGCAGUGUGUGAUAUGUGUUGGUGAUAAAGUCUUUGAGGUAUUCCUCCAGAUGAUGGCAGAAAAGCCAAAAACUAAAGAGCAUGAGGAGGAGCUAGAGCGCCAUGCACAGUUUUUACUGGUCAACUUUAACCACACCCACAAGAGAAUCCGACGAGUAGCUGACAAGUACCUUUCUGGGCUGGCCGAAAUGUUUCCUCACUUGCUGUGGAGUGGACGAGUGUUGAAGACUAUGUUGGAUAUUUUGCAGACACUGUCUCUUUCUUUGAGCGCUGACAUCCACAAGGACCAGCCUUACUAUGACAUUCCUGAUACUCCUCACAGAAUAACGGUACCAGACACGCAUGAAGCCCGGGAGAGCAUAGUGAAGGACUUUGCGGCACGAUGUGGUGAAAUUCUGAAAGAAGCAAUGAAGUGGGCCUCUUCUGUCACCAAGUCCCAUCUACAGGAGUACCUGAAUAAGCAUCAGAACUGGGUGUCUGGGCUUUCCCAGCACACUGGCUUGGCCAUGGCCACCGAGAGCAUUCUUAACUUUGCUGGUUACAACCGACAAAGCAUGACUCUGGGGAUUGCUGAGGUUAUUGGCCAGAUAAAGGCUGCUUUCCCUCAGGUCACCCAGCUGACCGACCGGCCCACCUGUGUGAAGAAAGACUACUCCAACUUCAUGGCCUCCCUCAACCUGCGCAACCGCUACACUGGAGAGGUGGCGGGUAUGUUACAGUUUGCUGCAGCCACACACAGUGAAUCCGACCUGGGCAGACUGAUGGUCACGCAGAUGAGUGAAGCUUUAGAAGCCAAAGACUCAGAUGCUUUUACACAGAGCAUGUUCAAAAUGACCGCACUGCUCAUCAGCGCUAAAGACUGUGAUCCUCAGCUGCUGCACCACUUGUGCUGGUCUCCCCUGAAGAUGUUCACUGAGCACGGCAUGGAGACAGCCAUUGCCUGCUGGGAGUGGUUCCUUGCUGCUCGUAAUGGAGUGGAAGUCCCGUUUAUGCGUGAGAUGGCAGGAGCAUGGCACAUGACAGUAGAGUUAAAGAUGGGCCUGUUUUCGGAGGCGGAGUUAGAGGCAGAUCCUCUAGCAGCUUCUGAGGAGAGCCAGCCUAUGCCCCGCCCCCCUGACGUUAUUCCACAUACUCUCUGGAUAGAGUUUCUUGUGCAGAGGUUUGAGAUCGCCAAGUACUGCAGUGCAGAUCAGGUGGAAAUUUUCACUGGCCUCCUCCAGAGGGCACUCUCACUUAGUGUUGGUGGUGCUAAAAGCUGUUUGAACCGCCAUGUUGCUGCAAUAGGACCACGCUUCAGACUCCUGACCUUAGGUCUGACCCUUCUACAUGCUGAUGUUGUGACCAAUGCUACUAUACGCAAUGUCCUCAGAGAAAAGAUCUACUCUACAGCCUUUGAUUACUUCAGUGUUGCUCCAAGGUUCCCUACUCAGCAAGAGAAGCGUCUGCGUGAGGACAUCAGCAUCAUGAUCAAGUUCUAUGCUUGUCUUCUGUCUGAUAAGAAAUACCUCACAGCCAACCAGCUGGUCCCACCAGACCCUCAGGAUGUGUCUGUAAACAGUCUGUCAGUGAUGGCAGUGGCAGAUUCCAGAAGCAGCCUGGAUGCUGCAGUGGGCUCCAGACAACAAGCCACGCAAGGCUGGAUCAACACUUACCCUCUCUCAAGCGGCAUGUCCACUUUAUCCAAGAAGUCAGGUCUAUCCAAGAAGAGCAACAGAGGGUCUCAGCUACACAAAUACUACAUGAAGCGCAGGACACUGUUACUGGCCUUACUGGCCAGUGAGGUGGAACGGCUGACCACGUGGUAUAACCCACUGGGCACACAGGAGCUGCAGAUAUCAGCUGAGCAGUCAGUGGAGACGAGCAUCAUCAACUGGAGGUCCAAGUACAUCAGCCUGACUGAAAAACAGUGGAAAGACAAUGUCAAUCUUGCCUGGAGCAUAGCGCCUUACCUUGCCCUUCAACUGCCUGGCAGGUUCAAGAACUCAGAGGCUAUUGUGUCAGAAGUCACACGACUGGUGCGCAUGAACCCAGGGGCAGUCAGUGACGUUCCAGAAGCUGUAAAGUUUCUGGUGACAUGGCACACCAUUGAUGCAGACUCUCCAGAGCUUAGCCACAUCCUUUGCUGGGCUCCGGCAGAUCCGCCCACUGGCCUGUCGUACUUCUCCAGCAUGUACCCUCCUCACCCUCUCACAGCUCAGUAUGCUGUACGAGUCCUGCGUUCCUUCCCUCCGGAUGCCAUUUUGUUUUAUAUCCCGCAAAUUGUUCAGGCGCUCCGCUAUGACAAGAUGGGUUAUGUCCGAGAGUAUAUACUUUGGGCAGCACAGAAGUCACAGCUUCUGGCUCAUCAGUUCAUUUGGAACAUGAAGACCAAUAUCUAUACAGAUGAAGAGGGACACCAGAAAGAUCCUGAUAUUGGAGAGCUACUGGAGCAGCUGGUUGAGGAGAUCACAGGCUCUUUGUCUGGUCCUGCCAAAGAUUUCUACCAGCGUGAAUUUGAAUUCUUCAACAAGAUCACCAACGUGUCAGCUAUUAUAAAACCCAUUCCUAAAGGCGAAGAGAGGAGCAGGGCCUGUCUCAGAGCGCUGUCUGAAAUCAAAGUCCAACCAGGAUGUUAUCUGCCCAGUAACCCAGAGGCCAUAGUCCUGGACAUUGACUACAUGUCUGGAACACCAAUGCAAAGUGCUGCAAAAGCACCAUACUUGGCCAAGUUCAAGGUGAAGCGCUGUGGAGUCAGUGAGCUGGAGAAAGAAGGUCUGCUCUGUCGGUCAGACUCGCUGGAGGAGGCUCGCAGUGAGGAGGAGGCCCAGAAGAUUUGCUGGCAGGCGGCCAUCUUUAAAGUAGGAGACGACUGCCGACAGGAUAUGUUGGCUUUGCAGAUCAUUGGUCUCUUUAAGAAUAUCUUUCAGCUGGUCGGACUGGAUUUGUUCGUCUUUCCUUACAGAGUGGUUGCUACAGCUCCUGGAUGUGGUGUCAUUGAGUGUAUCCCAGACUGUAAGUCCAGGGAUCAGCUGGGACGACAGACAGACUUUGGCAUGUACGACUACUUCAGGAACAAAUAUGGCGAUGAGUCUACACUGGCUUUCCAGAAGGCCAGGUAUAACUUCAUCCGGAGCAUGGCGGCAUACAGCCUAUUACUUUUCCUGCUCCAGAUUAAGGACCGACACAAUGGCAACAUCAUGCUGGACAGCCAGGGACAUAUCAUUCACAUCGACUUUGGCUUCAUGUUUGAGAGUUCUCCUGGUGGAAACCUGGGCUGGGAGCCUGACAUUAAGCUCACUGAUGAGAUGGUGAUGAUCAUGGGAGGAAAGAUGGAAGCCACACCCUUCAAAUGGUUCAUGGAGAUGUGUGUGCGUGGCUACCUGGCUGUUAGGCCGUAUAUGGAUGCUGUGGUUUCUUUGGUAACACUCAUGUUAGACACUGGCCUUCCAUGUUUCCGUGGUCAGACCAUCAAACUGCUGAAGCAGCGUUUUAACCCCAACAUGAGUGAGAAGGAGGCAGCUGCCUUCAUGAUAAAAGUCAUCCAGAACUGCUUCCUCAGCAGCAGGAGCAAAACCUAUGACAUGAUUCAGUACUACCAAAAUCAAAUCCCAUACUGAGGGCCAAAUUUAACCUUCUGUGUUUGUGGGUUAAACAUCAGUGAUUGCGUCAAAUCAGCAAGUGAACCGUGAACCCUGGACACCUGCUGAAAGUUGAUGGCGUAUGUGUGCGUGUGAGAUUCCACAUUGUGUUUUGGUGUGUGUGUGUGUGUGUGUGUGUGUCUGCAGUGUUAAUGGUUUGAAUCCUUCUCACUUACUGUGGAACAUUUUAUUUGCCUUUUAUUUAACACUCUGCACUUUAAAAGCCUGUAAUGCACUUGCAUGGCUUUAAAAAAUAAUAAGAAGGUAUGUAAAUAUGGAUACCUGCAAACCCACCUUGCACAAAAUUCAUGCUGACCUUAUUUACUGUUUACUGCAUGGCUUCAAUGUCUGUGAGGAUACAGUACAAUGAAGUUCAUUUUGUGCCAGUGUUAUUGACUUGUCAGCGUUCGUAGCUGUUGUGAUUCUUUAAAGUGCCACAUUAUGAUUGAUUAUUGAAUGAUGUUUGCUGUGCUCUUACUCGUAGGACAUGUGAUUUUGGAUGGUAGAUUUUUAUUGGAAAACUUCUUGCAGUGCUCCUUGUUAGGAAUUUAAAAGAAUUUUUCUAGUAUACAAGCAUUAAAUAUGAUCAGUGAGAAAUUGACAUUUAUUUUGGAAUAAAACACAUUUGAUAUCUGUUACAUGUCAUACUGGGCCACGAUGACUUUGCAGCUUGCUAACUGCAUAAUAUUCUGUAACGCUGUGUUCUUUGGCAAUACAGUUGAGUAGCUGCUCCCUUGCAUGAUGAUGGGACAUCUUUCAAAUUGUAAUUAAUGGACUUUAUUUAUUGCUGAUUAAUUAGCUUUUGAAGCUUUAGAAAUGCUCAAUGUACAAAGUCCUACAGGUUAUGCUGUAUUUAAUGAUUCCAGCCUAUUUCAGCCUUUGGACUCUAAAACAUAUUGUCUGUUCCCUUACCUAUGGACCAAUCACAGCUAAGCCUAAGGUCCUCUUUAACCAGUCACUGCUUGUUUACGGUAUGUGCCUAUGUGUUGACCAGUUGAUUGUGAAGUGAUUUUAAUAUUUGUACACUCGUUUACAUGUAUCUCUUGUUUUCUGCCUCUUUUUCUAUCCUGCACUGUUUUUCGAUGGUUAUGAACUGUUAUUCUGAAUUGAACAAAUGUUUAAUAAAUUAUUCAGUGGCAACAGAA